CGCGCCCUUCAACCCGGAAGCAGAGCCGGCGCGCGCCAGACAGCCCCGGGAGAGACCUCGCUGCGGUCGCCUUCUGGCCGUGCGCGUUUCUUGAAGUUGUACAGUGGAAGAGUUAUUCUUCGAACUGCUCAAGUUUGACAAACAAGAUGAAGCAAGAUGCCACAAGAAAUCCUGCCUACACUGUGGAUUGUGAAGAUUUCGUGCAUGUGGUAGAAUUUAAUCCCUUUGAGAGUGGGGAUUCAGGAAACCUCAUUGCGUAUGGCGGCAAUAAUUAUGUGGUGAUUGGCAUAUGUACAUUUCAGGAGGAAGAAGCAGACGUGGAAGGCAUUCAGUAUAAAACCCUGCGGACGCUGCACCACGGCGUGCGGGUUGACGGCAUAGCGUGGAGCCCAGAGACCAGACUUGACUCACUGCCGCCCGUCAUCAAAUUUUGUACAUCAGCUUCUGAUCUGAAAAUCAGGUUAUUUACUUCAGAUCUUCAGAAUAAAAAUGAAUAUAAGGUUUUGGAGGGCCACUCAGAUUUCAUUAAUAGCUUGGUGUUCGACCCCAAAGAAGGCCAGGAAAUUGCAAGUGUGAGUGAUGACCAUACCUGCAGGAUCUGGAACUUGGAAGGAAGGCAGACGGCUCACUUUGUUCUUCAUUCCCCGGGUAUGAGUGUGUGCUGGCAUCCUGAGGAGAAUUUUAAGCUGAUGGUUGCAGAGAAGAGUGGAACGAUCCGGUUUUAUGAUCUUGUGACCCAUCAGGCUAUUUUGUCUCUUGAAUCAGAACAGAUACCUUUAAUGUCAGCACACUGGUGCUUAAAAAACACCUUCAAAGUUGGAGCAGUUGCAGGAAAUGAUUGGUUGAUUUGGGAUAUCAGUCGGUCCAGUUACCCUCAAGAGACAAGACCCGUUCACAUGGACCGAGCCUGCCUCUUCAGGUGGUCCACAAUUAGUGAGAGCUUGUUCGCAACCACCGGUUACCCCGGCAAAAUCACCAGCCAGUUUCAGAUCCACCACCUCGGGCACCCUCAGCCCAUUCUCGAGGGCUCGGUCGCCAUCGGAUCAGGCCUCUCCUGGCACCGCACUCUGCCGCUGUGCGCCAUAGGCGGAGACCGCAAGCUGUCCUUGUGGGUGACCGAGGUGUGACACAGAUGGCCUGUGCACUUACAUCCCCAUCUCACAGUUUCGGUACAUAUUUUGGUGAACUCCUUAUUUUUAUAUCAAAUAUACUGUAAAUUUUAGAAAUGUUUUCAGUUGCUUUCGUUAAAUAAAAUGUUGAUGGUUUCAAAAAUUA